UCCUCCCACCUACAGAUGGCGGCUACCGACAAACACAACAGCACUUUCAUCAUGGAUGUCAAAUAAACUUCCACAAUGGCUGACACACGCCCACCCGACAGAAACCUGGAAGCCUGUAGGACAGAUCACUCAGAAGACCUUUAAAGACAGCUUUCUGUGUUUCAUCAUUGUACAAUGUCAAGUUCCCUCAAGCAGCACAUCACCUCUAUGGGUGAGAUAUAGUUCACCAGUGUGGUAUAAACUGUACAGGGAUGCUUGGUGUGUUGGGCUCCUGUUGAUCUCCUUGCGGGCUUUACAGCACUAUGGCAAAAUGUGAAAGAAAUUAUUCCACUAGGUACACCACGGCACAAUUUAGAUGCCACAUCACAUCCUGUGCCAGGUCGUCCAUUUCUUGACCCCUCUGAGAAGAUUCCGGAUGUUUCAAGCUCACUGCCUAAAAGCAUUGUGUCCAGCAAGGGCUCUGAGUCCACUUCAUUCACACACAAAACCUCCCAUAAAAGCUCAAGGACAGAACAGGACAGUUUUAUGAAUUCUACAGUUGUUGUAAAAAGACUACAGCCAAACAAUGGCAACAUCAACCCCAGAAACAACUGCUCUCUAUCUUCCAUGGAUAAAAAGAAUCUCCUGCAAAAGUCCAGUUCUUACAACAGAAACAGAGACAUUUCUUAUGCUCUCUGUAAGGAGCUGAAUGAAAACUUGAGGGUUAGAGGAGGUCUGUUUCAGUCAGAAAGUGCUGUGAAAGCUCGGAGACACACUCUUCCUCACUCAUCUCACAGACGAAGUCCUGAGAGGCGCAAUUCACUCUUAUUCCAGCAGAGACCGAGGAACUCAUCCGGGCAAUUCACCCACAACCCCAAUCAGAAAAAAGACAGAAUGGAUAAUAGAGAUCAUAAAACAUCCAUAAAGAAGGAGUUGAACAACUUGAACACGAUGACUAGUCCAGAGGGCAGACUGUCCUUAUCUGCAAAGAGAAAAAGCGAAGCCAGCACAGGGAGUGAGAGGGAAACAAAACGGCCACGUGUUGAUAUUCAAGCCACCUCCAGCUCUUCUAUAUUGAACUCGCCUCCAAAGUUUAUCAGACGUGCUUUCCUGAAGUCCUGCAAUGAGUCCGUUAUAACCAUAAAGGAGACAAAUUCCCCUAUAAAACCUUCAAUAUCUGAUAACAAGCCAAAACUGUCAUCCUCCCUCCCCAGGCAGCUGUUUUGUGCAGACUCGAACGCUCACUCAUCCCAAACCACUAAAUCUCCCACAAACGCAGAGCCUAAAGAUGCUAUGGUGGCACGUGCCAACAAAAACCCCAAAGCUCCUCCUAGUCAACCACAUUUGCGCAAAGUCUCUCCAAAGUCCAGCAUGACGUUCGAUAGCAUUGAGACACACUUUACUCCAGAUAACUGUGCAUCAGUGGCCAAAAUGAGCAAAAAAACAAACGGAGAAACGGAAAUAAUUGCUCUCUCCACAAACACCAGCUCUUCAUCUCACUAUAAAGAGAGUGUUACCGGUCGCUCAUCCCCCCAUCAGCAUGAUCUGAGUUCAACCAGCUUUACGGAGCAAGCCAGCUCAUGUAAGAUGGAACUGGAUGAAAGAGCGCCGAUGAAAGCGGAGCAGUCACGCAGCCCCGAGGCCAUCCCAGCUGUGACGGUGAAAGUAGAAGGAUCAGGAGAACACAAGUGCUUCCCCCAGUGGAAAGAUCCCUUAGAUAUUGAGCUGGGAGAUGAUUGGGACGAUGAGCUGAGAGAACAUUGUGUUAUCAGCCUGAGCAGCAGCAGCAGCAGUCAUGAAGAUGAACAGCUGCCGUCCCUCAAGGAGAUCCUGGAUUGGACUGUGCGUGUGCCAGUUACACCAGAAAAAGAUGCUUACUCAGAGCCCAACACGCCAGUCCUAAAAGCAGUACCAGAGGCAGUGAAAACCAAAGCCACUAGUUAUAGAAAUACACUGGAGCAGAUGCUGCAAGAAAAGGAGCAAUAUCAGAGGUCAAAAGAGUUGGAGAGACAGUUACUUGAGUCGUGUGAAGAGGAUCUGAUGAAUUUAGAUGAGGAUGAGAACAGUGAAAGUAAAGGGGAGGACAUCUCUCUUGAACACAGGGAAAUUUUGCAAAGGUUCUCGGUGACCUCAUGUGCAAUCAGGGACAUCCAUCCAGGAGAAGAAAUAUUCACACCUGCUAAGUUUGGUCAACUCUUCAACCACCAGACGUUGGACCUGAGGAAGAUUAGCGUGACGCCGCACAACAGAUCACAGCAAAUCCUCCUUCAGGCCCGCUCUGAGCAUGUGCUCUCUCUGAUCAGUGCUGGCUUGUUGAGGAAAGCCUACUUUUCUUUUCCAUGUCAGCCUGAGGUUACACGUUGGCUUUUUCAGAUGACAUCAGUUCACCCAAACCCCAUCAUUUCCUCACGGAUCAUGCAGUCCCUGCACACUAUCGCUCUUUCUGCUGCUCAGCACAUAGUUGAGCACAAGAGCCAAAGUUUUACAGUCUGGGUUCCCUCAAUACGGGACAUCACUCAGGUUUUUCUGAAUAUGGGGGCAUCGUUCAUCAGUCUUUUCCCACUGGAUGUCCUGCAGCCCCCUUUUACAGAAGGAGACCUUUUAGAGGACUUCAAGCCGGAGGAAAACAGCCAAGAUAGUGCAAUAUCUGAAAUAAAAGAUGAUGCCACCUUACCAGUGCAUAACUUGGAGAGUGUUCUCAGUUACCUGUCUCUGUGUACUGCGUUAUGUCCGAAAGCGUACACAGAUGAGGAGCUGCUCUUGCUACUGGCGGUGGUGUGCAGAAUUGGACUGGAGACUCAUUUUCAGUUGCUACCAACUGGAAGCUUCAGCCUCCUGCUGCAGAAUGUGCUCAAAAACAUCACAGACUGGGAUGUACAGAUAUCGAAAGCUUGCCAGAUCUUGACCGAUUUGUCAGAAGACCAUCACAACCUCAGGAGAAUCGUUUCUAUUCUGCCUGAGAGCAGUCGUGGAAAGCUGUUAAAACGACACUUAAGCGUGUCUAUCAUCUCAAAGCUUUUGAAUCACACCUGCACUUAUAAUCCCUCGGGCACAGAUUUUAAGGUGAGAAUAAUUCAUUCAAUAUCAGCUGCUUUUUGAUGUUGACAAUUCA